AUGGCGGACACCACAGAGAACCAGGCCCCCGAGGCGCCCGUUGUUGACGAGAGUCCCAUUUCUUCUGUCGGGAACCCUGCCCGCAAGAACUCGCUUUCUACCUACCUCAAGAACCGACCCGAACGCUCCGAAUUGGUAGAGAAGAACAUUCUCCCCGACUCCACAGCUGCUCCAGGCCUUCUUGCCAGCCAAAAAGAGCUCCAGAAGCACAUGCUCGGAGACAAGCUCAACGACAAGAUCUCACACCGUCCCACUCCCGACGCCCUCCUCAAGGAAGGCGUCCUGCACGACGAUCCCCGCUCUCCCGAGGAAAAGUACCAGGAGGCCAUUGAAGAAGAAUACGCCAAGCGUGAGGGUGGUGCGUAA